AUUGGUUGGGGCUGCCGCGCUCCUCGGUAAAGACGCCGUACUUCGGAUAGGUAGAGGAUCCCGCAGGCUCGGAGCUCUGGUGACCCGCUCGCGCCAUGGAGUCUCAGAGUCGUCCGCGGAGGCCGCUGCGGAGGCCUGAGACUUUGGUUCAGGGGGAAGCGGCUGAGUCGGACUCGGAUCUCUCUGCGUCCUCGUCGGAGGAGGAGGAGCUGUACCUGGGCCCUUCGGGCCCGACGCGUGGCCGCCCCACGGGACUGCGAGUGGCUGGGGAGGCCGCGGAGACCGACUCAGACCCGGAGCCGGAGCCGAAGGCCGCGCCGCGGGACCUGCCUCCGCUCGUGGUGCAGCGGGAGACGGCCGGGGAGGCCUGGGCGGAGGAGGAGGCCCCGGCGCCCGCCCCCGCGCGCUCGCUGCUGCAGCUCCGGCUGGCUGAGAGCCAGGCGCGGCUGGACCACGACGUAGCGGCCGCGGUGAGCGGCGUGUACCGCCGCGCGGGCCGUGAUGUGGCCGCCCUGGCCGGUAGGCUGGCGGCUGCCCAGGCAGCGGGAUUAGCUGCAGCCCACAGCGUGCGUCUGGCGAGGGGGGACCUCUGCGCGCUGGCGGAGCGUCUGGACAUCGUGGCCAGCUGCUGCCUGCUGCCCGACAUCCGCGGUGUGCCGGGGACCGAGCCUGAACAAGACCCGGGAUCGAGAGCCUAGCCAUGACCCACUGUCUCCACUGACUGUGCCCUGGGGGUAGGCCUUGCGGCCUCUUGACCUGGCUCUCUGCUCUGUUUAGCCACCCACCCAUCUUGCUGUCACCCUCAGGGAUAACCUCGCCCCUGGAUAAUGCUGUCUGUGUGUGUGUGUGUGUGUGUGUGUGUGUGUGUGUCUGUGUGUGUGUGUGUGUGUAGCCCUCCUGGACCACAGCAUCUGGUUCCUCCCCCUGGGCUUGACCUUUUCUUCCUGGUUCAGAGGUUGUGUCUGAAACUUGACUCCAGCUCCUGGGUACCUAGCUUCCCUUUGAUCUGCCUCUCUCUUAAGGGCUCAUGGAGCCUCAUCUGUCUUUUCUCUGCCUUCCUCAGUUUGGUUUCUGUUCACA